UGCACCCGGUACUGUUGUUGUCAGGACGCUAUAAAAGAGCCGCCCCCUUCUCUAGCAGACACAACACUGACUCUACUGAGAUAGAAGAGAUCUCCACUGCUUCUCACGAAGAGACAUCAGCAUCAACUGAAAAAUGGACCCUUGCGAGUGCUCCAAGACUGGAAACUGCAACUGCGGUGGAUCCUGCACCUGCACAAACUGUUCCUGCACUAAAUGCAAGAAGAGCUGCUGCUCAUGCUGCCCAUCCGGCUGCAGCAAGUGCGCCUCUGGCUGCGUGUGCAAAGGGAAGACAUGCGAUACCAGCUGCUGUCAGUGAGGUGCCUGAUCAGCCGUCCUCUGCCCUUGUGAUGGCGCCUUUUGGAUGCACUCUGAAUCGAUUACUGUUGUCUUGCACUAACAACUGUUAACAUUUUGUACAUGUCUUUGAUGUUGAAAUAAAUUUCUCUAAGUGCA